AUGGCCCCGACCGUCGCCUCCCCAGCCACGGGCGCCGUCCCCUCGCCGAUCGCGAGCGACCUCGGGAAGGCCGCGCGCUCCGUCGGGCUCGGGCUCCCCGCGCUGCCGCCGCUGCCCGGCCUCGCGUCCCACGGCCAGCCCCGCGUCGCCUCCUUCUGUAAAAGGCUCGCGAGGAACGUGGUGUCAAUGGCCGCCGGUGAGCCGGCCGCGCCGCUGGCCGACAACGCCGAGCUUACAGAGUUCUUCAACGGCUUGAAACAAGAGUGGGACAGAGUGGAGGACAAGUACGCGGUGACCACGCUCGCCGUCGCCGCCACGCUCGGCAUGUGGAGCGCCGGCGGAGUAGUAUCGGCAAUCGACAGGCUCCCCGUGGUUCCAGGUCUCAUGGAGGUCGUUGGCAUUGGUUACAGCGGGUGGUUUGCGUACAAGAACCUGCUAUUCAAGCCCGACAGGAAAGCGUUCUUCGCUAAGGUCAGGAACAUUUACGAGGAUAUAAUCAGCGGCUAG